AUGGACGCGGAAGACGGGCGGAGGACGGGCGGCGACGGGCGCGGGACGGCGAGCGCGCAGGCGGGACGACGGGCGGCGCGACGACGACGGAAAGCGCGCUCUGAGGGUGGUGAGAGUGGUGUAGAGCCGGGCGCGGACGCGACGGCGCGGAGUGAAAGGAGUGAGGAGACGACGUCGAGGACGACGGGACGGGGGACGCGCGGCGGGUCGAGCGCCGAGCGAUGGGCGCGCGAGAGAGCGUUAGCGAGAGGGACGUCCAGGGAUCCCAGCGUGCGGCUGAACGUGGACGAAAUACGAACGCUCAGUGAUGCGCUGCAGAGACUUUUGACGAUCGAGCGCGUGGAGGAGGAGUUGAGGGAUGAGGAAGAGGCGAAACGCUUGGAGCUCAAGGCGACGCUCGGCGUGGUCGAGGCGCUCGCGCUCCACGAGCGAGAGGCGAAGGACGCCAAGGCGAGGUUCGAGCAAGCGUUGGCCAGGCGCGCGGGAUUCGGGGAGGAUUCGACGAAGAUGCGAGCGGUGAUGCGUCAAGGGAAGAUCGCGAGGCAGAAGCUCGUUUCGGCGAACAUUGAACUCGCGGCCAAGGUCGCGACGGACGUGUUUCACACAUUUAGUCCGAUGGAGAGGCGUUCGAUUAGUAGACAGGACAUGAUACACGAAGGGGUCACUGGUCUUGUUCGCGCGAGCGAGAAGUUUGAUCCCGCUCUCGGGUGCGCUUUCAGCACGUACGCGUACAACUGGACGAAACAGGCGGUGACGCGAGGCGUUCUCAACAACGGGCGAACUAUUCGCGUCCCUGAACAGGUGUUGUACGAGAGGCGAGAGGCGCACGAGCUCAGCAAGAGGAUGGAGAUCGAACUCGGGCGAAGGCCGACGCUCCAUGAGAUCGCGGCGCGGUCGCAAAAGUUCAGCGUGGAUAAGCUGCAACUUCUCGUGGGCAUCGCAAAGCAGCACCCUCUGAGUCUCGAUAUCCUCGGCGUCGGCGACGAAGAGCGCGACGGCGACGAGACCGGACUUUCUGGGACAUGGGAGAACGAGAUGGGUUCGACCGACGAAAUCACGCGCACCAUCGAACUGGAGUUCCUUCGCGACGACAUCAAGAAAACACUGAAUGAACUCUCUUCGGAUGAGGCGUACGUCCUCAAGCACAGGUUCGGUCUCGUCGGAGGAGAGUUCAUGACGAACGCCGAGAUCGGCUCUCGAAUAGGCAAAAGCGCCGAGGGCGUGAGGUACAUCGAAAAGCGAGCGCUUGAACGCCUGAAAUCGACGCCCGACUUCAGCGAUUUAGCUCAGCACCUUAAAGGCGAUCGACACGCCGCCGCGAAGAAAUUGGAUAUUGUCGACUCCAACGAUGGGACCGAGCGCAAGAGCGCGCCCAAGAAACCGAAACGCACAAAGGUAAAGGCAUCGAAGCCAUCGAAAUCGGCGAUCGAUCUCGUGAGAUCGAUCGAUUUAGCUUAG